AUGUCGUCGAAAGACAAAACGAUAGUAGUAGAAGACGGAGAAGGAAUCAUUAAUAAAAUUUCGGUACGAAUACCAAACUUUUGGGCCGAAGAACCGGAGCUAUGGUUCGCGCAGCUAGAAGAACAGUUUGCACUCCUUGACAUAAAAGAAGAUGAGGCGAAAUACUCUUUCGUGCUCUCUCGGAUCGAGCCAAAACAGGCAAGAGAGAUCAAGGAUCUAAUCACACAGCCACCACGCACGGAGAAGUACCAAGCGAUCAAAAAGGCACUGAUUCAGAGACUGACAGACUCUCAGAGCCAACGAAUCAGGCAACUACUGGAGCAUGAAGAAAUUGGAGACAGGAAGCCAUCGCAGUUUCUUCGACACCUAAGUACGUUAGCCGGAAACACGGUUUCCAAGGAAUUGCUAAGAACAUUAUGGCUUGGCAGACUCCCGCAAAAUAUGCAGGCGAUUCUCGCAACAAAAAGCGAGGACAAACUCGAAGACGUGGCAGAGCAGGCGGAUCGAAUCCACGAGUUAAGUCACAAGACAUUCGUUUUAGCCACAUCGACUCAAGCACCAGCAGAGAAUAAAAAUCCAUGGGAACUGCAGAUUGCAGCACUAAGUCGGCAGGUGGCAGAGCUAACAACAGAGGUGAUAAAAAUGGCCAGAAACAUGAAUCAACAGAGAUCUCGAAGCCGGCAGAGGAGUUUCUCGAGAGACAGAUCACGGUGGAGGAGCAAAUCGCCAGCGUCGGAUUUUACCACAUGCGUAUGCUUUUACCACAGACGUUUCAAGGAUGAAGCAAAGAAGUGCACCAGGCCGUGCACAUACAAAGCAAAAAACGAGAAGGCGAGUCAUUGA